CAAAUACCUUCCUAUUUCUCUUUCUACAAGUUUUGUACGGACACUUUAUUCUCUCUCUUCAACUCCAACCAAAAUGAAGCAAAAGAUAGUGAUUCGAGUGUCGAUGAAAAGGGGGCCUAAGUAUCGCAGCAAAGCUUUGAAGAUUGCAUCAUCUGUUAAAGGGAACGUUGAGACAAUUAGCUUGGUAGGAGAUGAUAAAGAUAAAGUAGAGGUAGUUGGAGAUCUUGAUCCAAUAGAACUCACUAAAUUGCUGCGGAAGAGUUUCGGUUCUGCACAGUUAGAGUCGGUGAAUGCAGUCGAAGAGAAAGAUAAAGACAAAGAUAAAGAUAAAGAACUUGGUAUAACGUGGACAUGUACGUGGGGUGUGCCUCAUCAAUCAUCUCAAUGCUAUUGCUACCUUGGCCCUUACCCUUCUUAUUCCAUAUGGUGAUUUAUGCUUGAUGGGGGCAAAUUUAUAGUCAUCCAUACAACUGUGAUGAAUAUAUAUAUAUAUAUUCCACAUUUCUCCUUUUUAGUUUGUGUGAAUUAUUCUUUGUUCUUCCUCCAAUAUAAUAUAUUUAUU